AACAGAAGCUAGAAACGAAGUGGCAUCGUUUACAGCAUCUAUCGGUGAAGUAGGCGGAUCCAUCAUGUCAGAUAACAUUCCUUUGCGAACCCAACACUCAUGUACUGAAAACGAAUAUUACAGAAUAAAUGUGUUCAGCAACGCACAACUAAACACAAUGGGCAGUACAAGGCCACUUGAACAGCUAAUUGUGUUUAUCACUAGGGCCUCGGAAAACUCUGAGCGGUUAGAUAUGCUACAGCAGAAGCAGCUUGAUCAAGGGGCGAUCAACGUGCGGUAUGUGUAUUCAAAUCAUUUCCGUUGGAGGAGAAGCAGAGGGGUCAAUCUUCGUGCUGAUUUAGUCAUGGGGGAUUUCUGUGCUAAUAAGGAGGUCCAUCGACGCAAAAUUGAUGAAAUGAAGCUUGGAGAGAAUCUCGUUUUUACCAUGCCUAAGAGUGAUGCAUCCUCCACGACAGUAAAGUUGAAACUUGUGAACGAAAGCCGUGAUAUCAUUCUUGAAACAGGAGAGUUAAACUUGGAGCAAUCAAUGCUUCUAGACGAGACACGCCCUGGCGUUGAACACGGGCAUGAAGGAAACCAAGUCGUCGAAAUGGAGGCAUAAUGUCGGAUUUAAUUUGGAGAUUCAUCUUUUCUUAGUUGUUAUUUUAAUAUGUCUUUAAAGGAAAUCAUUAUUUACAUUAAAUUGCUAAACGUCAUCGCAUGAUUUCGAGUGCAAGUUGGAAUAAAUAAGUACGAGUAAUUGUUUCAAAGACUAAAAAAUCUGCUCGCGUGUGUUUUGUAGUUUUUUUAAAAAAUUGCGAUUGUUUUUUCGUUCUUCACUGCGUGAUGGAGAUUGUGAUUAAUGAUUGAUAAUAUCACGGGAAAAAUUAAGAGGCGCAGAAAUCUCCUGUAAAACCAGACCAUUCAAACAUGACAAUUUUUCUUUUUCAAUUCUUUUUUAAAUUUCGUGUUCUGUCAAAACAACUACGUUUAAUCAAACAAGUUUUUAGGUAAGUUUUAUGUUUUGUUUUGUUGACCAAAAAGAGUUCAAAGUGCGACCAAACAAAUUCGUUACUUACUUUUGCACUGAAUUUUUUUCUCUAAAAUUUGUUUCGUGUAAUUUAUAGGGAUCAGCCAAGAAAGUUUCAUCCUUGUUUUUAAGGAACUCGUUUAUUAACUUUUUGGAAGAAAACAUGUGGAGGUAAAAAUCUCUAUUCCAAAUUCUCUCGGGCUUACCAUUUUGUAAGAAGAAAGUCAUCUUCGCCAACUUCAUUCUUUAUGCUGUGAGGAUUUAGAAGAUGAAGCGGUUUGAGCGGAAAAAAAAGGAGAUUUCCAUUUUCUAAAUUAAAAUAUCUCGAUGAAUGUACCAAGAGUAUUUGAGGCAAAAGGUAAAGUUGGUGGUAAAAUUGCUAGGGAUUUUUGAGGAUGAAUUGAAUUGAAUGUGGCAAGGUUAUUUAAAUUAUUCUAUUUGAUAUACAGUUGAGAGUUUUAAGAGGACCAUAAUGACAAGAACUGCAAGGGUACAUUAUUCGAUGAAAAUGUACAGUAAAACAUCAGUACGACCGUUUGGUCACAUUUAAAGCUAUUUAAAUCAGGGCAAUUGUGUUCAAUAUAUACCAUAGUCUUAAUGUAAUUGUAGCACCUCAUUUAUGAUGUUGAAGCAUCAAACUCUUUAAAGAACAGACUGGCAAAGGUCUUUGGGAAAUGAAAUUUUUAUGAUGAGGUCUCGUUACAACAAAUAAUUACCAAGGCACAUGGUAGGAAAUUUUGAGCAGGAAAAAGGAUAUUCUUUCAAUUUCUUAUUAUAAGUGAAAGGAAUUUCUUCACGGGUAGAUUAAUUCAUGUGGAAGGAUUUCGCUGCCUUAAACAGUUGCUAUCUUUUUACACAUUCAUCUUUUGUGUAGUAGAAUAUUAAAAAAUCGAACAGAAAUAAAGCUGGUAGCGCAUAUUAUUAAUGAAAAGACGCUCUGUACACAGGAAAUGCAUUAACAUAAGGAAAUUUUAUUCAUUUCAUCUGAUGAAGUGAACAGUGCUGAAGAAUAACAUUGUACAUACAUUUAGGAUUUACGUUUGAGUUUUUUAAUCGAUUCUUAGACUAGCAACAUUGAGCUGUGCCUUCCAGUUAGUUGAAAUAGAUUAUUAGCUUAAUACUACAGCAAACAUUUUAGAAAACUGCGUUCUUCACUGAGCUUGUAACUUAUUCAUUCAAUGUUAUUACAUGUAUGUUCAACAAAAUGCACCAUUAAAAGAAUAUCAAUCUCA